UUCGGAGAAACCCAGAUGAGCUGGCAUGGGGAGACAUACUGCCUGGUGGGUGGUUACCGGCUCUACGGGGAUGCUCCCCUGGCCACCCCAGCAAAGACCAAAACAGAGAAGCCAGUACCCAGCCAGGCUCCCAAGAGACAUCCAACUCCAGAGUUGGAUGAAGAUCUAAGUUGCCCUAGCCCCAAAAUUUGUCCUUUGAACCAUGGGGGCAGAAGGCUGACCCCACAGAAGCUUGCUAAACGAGCUAGUCUGUUGAAAGGACAAGCAUUGAACAGUGACUGCCACUGCCUACCCCUAGAGAUAGAACCUGAGCCAUUCUGCCUGAGCCCUCCCCAGCCAGGAACCCCACUUCUAUUCCAACUGGCUACAGGCAAGAAAGUUUGAGAGAAGAGGCUGCUUUGAUUUCCCAGAGCUGAAGCUGGCCUGGACGAAGACUUUUCUUGGGUAGAAGAAAGAAUAAUCUUCCCUGUGCAAACCAAGAAGGAGCCAAGAAAUGGUGCAGAGUGGCCUAGCAGGGCCCCAGUGUACCAGAUGGAUUCCUGCCCCUGAGUCGCUGCCAGUGACCACCAACACAAACCAGAAGGGGGCUGAAGUGGGACGAAACAAGAAGUGGUUGCCCCAGGAGCCCCUUGCCUGUAUCCUCAAGAAGCAGAAGAGCUCCAGAGACACCAGCUGCCAGGAGAAAGUUCAUCAAGACCCCACUUCCACCCCCUUUGGUUCAUAGUUCUUU